UACACUAGCCGGUAGCCAGUAUUCUCAUGAUCAUCCAUUUUGUUAUUAUUACCAUCAAUAUGUCUUUUUCACGAAAUUUUUACGUUUUCUAAUUUUCUCGUAGAAGGUCUCGUUUCUUGACAACUGAUCUCUCGCAUCGGAGCCGCCGCGUGCAUUCGGCACUCUUAAGUGCUUCUGUCGACCUUGAUUACCGCUUGGACACUUAAGGUUACACCGGUAACAUCAGUCCAAUUUCGUCCGGAUAAUACGGCUGCCGCGGGACCGCGUCCUCAUAAUGGCCGGUCGGACAGGGUCACUGACAAUACUGUCUGCUAUCCUUAUCCAAUGGUAUGGGAGGGCAGCAGGGCAACUUGGUUUUCAGAUUGGGAAUAAUGGCGGUCCGAUGCGGAGUGACCGCUCAUACGGUGAUCCCGGCAUAUCCACAGGAUAUAAGAGCUCAGUGGCAGCAAAUCCCUUUAUGAAUUAUCCUAAUACGGAUCAAAUGAAUUUUAAUCUUCCUGGAGCGCCUCUGCCUCCCGAACCUCCCGCGUUGGGCGGUGGAGGCAGCUACAUGCCCUCCGUAUUCGGAUCAAAUCCCAUGAGCGGAUACGGUGGCUACGGAGGUGGCGAUUCGUACAACAGCGGAGGUUACGGCAACAACGGUAUGAACGGAUGGGGCAAUAGCGGCGGAAAUAAUUAUGCCCAAGGCAACCAAGCCAACAGCUAUCAAUCGCAAAAUCAAGGCUCAUCGACAUCGUACGGCACUGGAUCCAACGGUGCCAACACGAAGCAGAACAACAAGCAGCCACCAGCGCCCAGCAACACCGCCAACAAAGAGGCCGCCAAACCGAAUCCCGUGCCGGCCGCCAUCUCAGCGAAACCGAAAGACUGCAACCCGGAAAACCUGCCCAAUGUACAGGGCGUGUGCGUGCUGCGGAAUCAGAUUCAACGAAAGUGUAAAAAUUUGCAACAGGGUAUUUCUCUGGAUUGUUCCGGUAAAGAGCUGUGCUGUUACAACCCGGACAAUGUGGUUACCACCAGCGCCCCGCCCACGGCGGCCGUUACCACUCCGCCCAUUUCACGCUUGUCGGCGCUGGGCCAGACAGCGGAGAACGGCGAUCUGGUUGACCGAUUCUGUAUUCCGGAUGCCAAUACGAAUAUUCCCGACGGAAUUUGCGUGGCGGCGUCGGAAGUGUCCAAUCGGUGCAGUGCGAAAAUGUCCACAUCCACCAAUUGUAAUCCCGGUGAAAGCUGCUGUUACAGUGAUACCACAUCUAAGCAGGCUGUCGGUUCCAGUAGCUAUAAUAAUUACUACACCGUUAUGACAAUGGGCACCACGACCAGUAGUUCCACAUCCACGGCCAGUAAUACGCGCCUGUGCAGUCCGGGCAGCUAUCCGACCAUCACCAACGGCGUCUGCACACCAUCCUCCCAGAUCGCCCAGAGCUGUAAGGGCAAACAGAUUUCCCCGUCGAUUGACUGCCAGAAUAAUCAGUACUGCUGUUUUGUCGCCGAUUCACCGAACGGUGGGCUCAAUUUACCGGCCGGCUCAUGUUCACCGGCUAGUAAUCCGGUUAUCGCCAAUGGUGCUUGCGUGGAAUCGAAUAGCAUCGCCAGACAAUGCCCAGGAAUGCUGGUGUCCACAUCGCUGAAUUGCCAGGCCACCCAAUUGUGCUGUUUCAUUAUGCCGGCAACAGUGCCGACAACGAGCACCACCACGACCACUCGUGCUCCAACGACGACAACGACCACCACACCUGCCGUGGUAACGGGACCGGCAUCAACAACCACACCACGACCGGGGGUGACAACAACAACAACAGCCGGAAGUGGAAGCGGCUCGACGGGUGCCGGAGGUGCAACGGGAACGAGUGGUCCGAUUGGUGGGCAGACUACCCCGACUACCGGUCCGAUCGGAGGCCAGACUACUACGCCGUCAGGAAUAGCCACCACUUCGUCCAGCGGGCAGGGUGGAAGCACAGCGGCUCCUGUGGUCAUUUGCCGACCGGGACGACCGCCUUCGGGUCUGCCGAACGGAACUUGUGUGCAUCGCACUCAGAUUGCAUCACAAUGCAAGGGAAUCCAAAUCGAUUAUUCCCUGGACUGCGGUUUUAGCCAGUAUUGUUGUUAUUCGCAUGGCAAUGGCCCUGUUGAUAUGGGCCAGAUCCCGGCAACCAUCGCGCCUGGCUCUUGCACUCCGGAUUCGAAUCGGGCCGUCAACAACGGGUUCUGUGUAGACAAUAAUCAGUUAUCAUCGCGAUGCGCAGGUAUCGAAGCCUCGACGUCACCCAACUGUGCAACGACACAGUAUUGUUGUUACUCGGGCACCGGUCUACCGGAUUUAACUACUGUGGCGACGCCGACAACCAUGACCUUAGGAUCUACAUCUUACACUAUUUACACGACACCGUCGUCGGGAACUACGGGAGCAACGGGAACAGUGGCCACAAACACACCGAGCACGGUGACUCCGUAUACCGUUACGCCAACGGGAACGUCAUCAACAGGAAGCACCACCACCAGUUCAACUACGGGACAGGCCUGCGCUCCGCAGAUGUACCGCAACUUGCCAGUUACCGGCAAAUGUGUGUCGAUUUGGAAUCUGAACCCGCAAUGCGCCGGCAUGCAAGCCUCCCCGUCUCUGAACUGCAGUAACGGAGAAUACUGUUGCUUCUCCAAUCCAGUAGCGCCACCAUUAACAUACGUGUCGGGUGGCGGCGGUACGUGCACGCCAGAACUAAUGCCCACGAUCACAAACGGCAUGUGCACAGAAACCUCGCUGCUGCCGACGGAAUGUGCCGCCCACGAAGUCGGCACGUCCCUGCAGUGCGAUAGUGGUCAACUGUGCUGCUACCUGAUCGAAACUCAAGGAAACACCGUUAUACCUGGUAGCACCACGUCACCGUCAACACCUGGUGGCGGAGGAUCGACGCCCACUUCGACCGGAGUUACGACACCAUCAUCAGGGUCAACAAAUACACCAUCUACCGGCACAACACCGAGCAGCGGAACGGUGCCUAAUUCGGGUACCACCACAGCUGCUUACCAGCCUACCCAAGCUACGGGUGUAACUGUUACUAGCGUUACGGGAGUAACCGAUGUAACUGGCGUAACAGGAGUGACCAGCGUAACAGGAGUGACCGGCGUAACAGGGGUGACCGGCAUAACUGGAGUCACAGGGGUAACCAGCGUAACCGUUACCCCUACCCCAACACCCGGAUUCUGUUCACCCCAGGGUUACCCUAACGUUACCAACGGAAACUGUCUGUCCGUGUUCAAUUUAGCCAGUGGAUGUGCAGGGAAACAAGCCGCACCGUCACUCAACUGUGGUUUGUAUGAGUACUGCUGUUUCAGUAAUCCCGUUGUACCACCAACUCGACCAACACCUCCCACCGGCACCUGCACCCCGGACAUCAAUCCCACUAUGAAUGGUCUGUGCGUGGAGAGCUCCGACAUCUCCGUGCAGUGCGAUGGGAACGAUAUCUCGUGGUCAUUGGACUGUUCGCUGAGUCAACUGUGUUGCUUCAAUCCCAGCGGAGAAACCUUUAGCACCCAGUCUACCGUAUCCACCAUCAGCACUGGACCCACAAGUCCAUAUACCACCCAAACGUCCGUAACACCUUUGAUCACUUCGACGGGCACGGCUUCAACCGGCACCACUACCACCCAGUCGACAUCAUCGUCGACCGUCGCCAGUGGUAACGGAAGCGGAAACACUUGCGUACCCGAUGGAAAUCCCGGCGCUCAAGGUACUUGUUGGAGCAGCUCGGCAAUGUCGCAGUACUGCAGCAACCAGCAAAUGUCAGCGUCCAGUGACUGUCUCAGCGGUGAAUUCUGCUGCUUCAUGCCGGGCACUAGCACGACCAGCACUAGCACCACAACGCCCACUACAACGACCACCAGACCUACAACGACGACUAGCACGACCACGCCCACUACCACCACCACAACAACAACGCCCACAACUACAACCACCACUAGCACAACAACAACCCGGACAACCACACCAACAACAACUACAUCCACGACGACCACGUCCACUACAACGCCGACGACGACGCGAACGACCACCACACCCACAACUACCACCUCUACCACCACAACGCCUACGACCACCACCUACACAACGCCGACCACAACCCGAACAACGACACCAGCAACGGUGUUGACAACCACCCCGUAUAGCAGUGGCUACCCGGUUUAUAGCAACAUGACCAACAAGGUGCUGCUAACCAGUCUGAACAGCGUGGGCGGUUGUAGUCCACAAACCGCGCCCUGGGUGUCAAAUGGACGCUGCGUCAACGUUAAACGGCUGACCUCUGACUGCAGAGGUCAGCGCAUUGCCAAAUCACUGAACUGUCCGUCCAGCGAACAUUUCUGCUGCUUUGUCGAUGCUCAGUCUGUUGACGGAUCAAACCCUCCACCACAACGGGAAUCCUUACCACAGACUGGAGGUUGUACACCGGUGACCGAACCAUCGGUGACGAAUGGCGCUUGUGUGCACACUUCACUGCUCGCCAGCCGGUGUCGUGCACAGCGCAUCUCCCGGUCCGACUCUUGCCAGAAGUCCGAGCUGUGCUGUUUCGUUACACCAAGCGAAGGGUCACCAGAUCAAGCGAAGGUCACAUCACCCAAAGAAACAUUCGUGAAUCAGCCAGAUCAAAAUAACGUCAUCGUGGCUCCGCCGAAGGAGACUCCAUUCGGUGUGAAACUCUGCUCGCCUUCAACGUCACCGUCGGUAACCAACGGCAUCUGCACUGUAGCUAACCGAUUGCAAACCCAUUGUGUCGGAAUGGUGUUUGCCAAAUCAAGCGCAUGCAGCGUCAAUGAGUUCUGCUGCUUUAACCGUCCGACUGAAAAGGAAGUUCCAGCAGCCUCGUGUACACCAAACACCCAACCCCUAAUUAACAACGGCGCGUGUAUCGCCUUUGACCAACUGACUAGUCGAUGCCGCGGCAUGACCUUUUCAAAAUCUGCCGACUGUGCUGCUCAGCAGUUUUGCUGCUUCAACUCGGACACCAACAAACAAGCCAACGACCAAAACCGGCUCGGUUCUUCGGAAUCCUGUAGUCCCAAGAGUGCCCCCGAAAUUACCAACGGCCGCUGUGUUGCGACCAACUUAUUAACAUCCCAGUGUCGCGGAAUGCGAUUGUCCAAAUCCGAUAAUUGUCCUCAGAACCAGUUCUGCUGCUUUUCCACUCAACCUCAAAUUAUUACAGCGCCGAAACAGGAAAUUUCGGUUACGUCAUGCACGCCCAAUACCCAGCCGGACAUUCAUGACGGUUUCUGUGCCGAGCUGAAUCAGCUUAGCACCCGCUGUCGUUCCAAGACGUUUGCAAAAUCUUCCAGUUGCCCAUCUAACCAAUUCUGCUGUUUCAACGCAGUAUCAACGGCUGAUGUAGGGAACAAAGCAGGUGAAAAUGGGCAAUGCACACCGCGCAGCCAACCACAGCUUGUUAACGGCGGUGUCUGCGUGGACCAAUCGAUGGUGGUUAACCAGUGCCGAGGUCAACGGUUGUCGCAGUCUGCCGACUGCGGUCAAAGCCAGUUUUGUUGUUUCAAUCCGAACGCUAUCCAACAGCCACCAUCACCACCAACAAAACAAGUUAUCCAGAGCGCCACCUGCACACCUUUAACGGAGCCCAGCAUCCACGAUGGAAAGUGCACCGAUCGCAGCAUGCUUAUCGCCUCCUGCACUGGGCAGAGGUUUGCCAAGUCAAACGACUGUCCUGGCACUCAAUUCUGCUGUUUCUCUUUGCCAUCACCCGAUGAAGCAGAAAAGAUAUCUUCCGGUGGCAAGUGUACUCCGGCCAGUGAACCAAGCGUGAAAGAUGGCACUUGUCUCACUCUCAACCAACUGACCACUUCGUGUCAAGGCGGACGACUGUCCAAAUCGGCCGACUGUGGAAUGAAUCAGUUCUGUUGUUUCCAGGCCAGCGCGGCCCAGGUGACACAACCGCAAGAAGUUAAAAAAAUAAAGCCGGACAGCGGCUCCGCCUGUCGACCGGCAACCAAUCCUGACGUAAGCAACGGAUUCUGCUUGAAUGCCAACCAGUUUUCUUCCAACUGUUCGGGAGGAUUCUUGUCGAAAUCCAGCGACUGUGACAACGGACAAUUCUGCUGCUUCAAUCGUCCACAAGAGGCUCAGCCGACAGCUGCGCCAGUAAUUCAAGAGGUCAAGAAGGUCUCCGUUGACGUCCAUAAUUGCCGACCUUCUUCGAAUCCAGAAGUAAUAAACGGCGUGUGUUUGGCGCCCAACCAACUGACUGCUGAGUGUGCUGGUGGCGCUUUCUCCAAAUCUGGCGACUGUGAACGAGGACAGUUUUGCUGCUUCCGACGACCUAACAAGCUCAUAGUCGAAGUUAUGAAUCGUCCUCGUGAACUCUGCGUACCAGACUCCGAUCCCACCGGUUCCGGCGAAUGUGUGGACAAAGGUCAACUGGUGGACCGCUGCCAAGCCCGUCGCAUGGCCCGCUCGAAACAGUGUGGUCCCAACCAGUUCUGUUGCUUCGAUUUGGACGCGAACGAAUCAAAGGUCAAACAGAUGCCGUCGGGAAGCUGCACACCCAUGACCGAUCCCACUGUGACGAAUGGAGUAUGCCUCAACCGCGUCCAACUGACCACUGCAUGCGGUGGUAACCGGUUUGCCAAAUCCGUUCAGUGCCGUGGUGACCAGUACUGCUGCUUCCCGCAAGCUAGCAAUAUCACCGUCCAGGAGACCUCUCUGAGCCAGGUGAACAGUCGCUGCAGCCCAAAUUCCGAUCCAUCGGUCACCAACGGCGCUUGCGUAGAACUGACUCAGCUCAGUCAGCAAUGCGGAAACCGCCGUCUGUCCAAGUCGAACGACUGCGGCGCGAAUCAGUUCUGCUGCUUUGACCUGCCCAAUCAGGAUGUGAAAGAGCAACCGAGCCCCGCAGCAACACCAUGCACGCCGAACAGUGACCCGUCAAUUAAUAACGGCGUUUGUCUAGCUCGCAGUCAACUGAUGACCCAGUGUCAAGGUCAGCUGGCCUCCAAAUCGGUGCAGUGUGCAUCCGAUCAGUUCUGCUGUUUCUCACGCGAUUCAACGGCAUCCAAGAAGUCCGUUCUAGCCGGCUUGGCGUCGUGCAGUCCAUUAAGCGAUCCAGCCAUUACGAACGGUGUCUGCCUAAAUAUCCGCGAAGUUUCACAGCAAUGCGUCAAUAAAUUCACGGCAAAAUCAAACGAUUGUGGUACAGACCAGUGGUGCUGCUUUGACCGAACAACUGACAAGCAGUCGGCAGGAAAUCCCGCACCUGCAACGUGUACUCCUUCCACCGAUCCGACGGUUACGAAUGGUGUCUGCCUGAAUCUGCGUGACAUAUCGCUGCAGUGCGUUAACAAACUUACCGCAAAAUCCAGUAACUGUGCUGCAGAUCAGUUCUGCUGUUUUGACCAGCCAAGUGGUACCGGUAACCAGGCGUCCGGAAUUACAUUUACGCCCAACACACCUUUGCCCCCCAACACGCCUUCACCUCAGUCACCAACCAGUACUACGCAACCUCCAAAUACUGCCACAAACACUCCAGUGCCUCCCACACAAUCACCAACAUCACCGCCGAUUUCCGCUCUGCAGUCAUGCAGUCCAUCAACCGACCCCACCAUCACAAACGGUGCCUGCAUGACCCUCCGACAAAUCGCCCAGAACUGCGCCAAUAUGCUGACCACGUCGUCGAAAGACUGCGCAUCCGGUCAAUUUUGCUGUUUCGCCCCAUCUGGAACCAAGAGUGCGCUGAACCUCAACAAACUGGGAAUGGAUACCGGCUGUAGUCCGGCCAAUGAUCCAACCGUUAACGGGUCAUGCAUGACCGUCCGCGAGAUGGCUACCCAGUGCGUGAACAAACCAGCAGCAAAAUCGAGCGAUUGCGCGCAAGGCCAGUUCUGCUGCUUCGAUCAACGCGAUAUGAGCGCAGUGCCUCCGUCAGGAACGAAAUCCUGCAGUCCGUCAACCGAUCCCACAAUAACCAACGGCACUUGCUUAAUCCUCAAAGAUAUUGCAAAGAAGUGCCAAAACAUGCUGACGACAUCGUCCACAGAUUGCCCGACCAGCCAGUUUUGCUGUUUCGCUCCAACCACAGCCGGAAAGAGCGCCCAAAAACCAGACAAAGUUGCAGUUACUAAAGGCUGCACCCCGCUGAGUGAGCCAGACAUCCACAACGGUGUGUGCCUGAAUCUCAAGGAGCUCUCGCAACAGUGCAAAAAUCACUUGGCGUCCAAGUCGAACGACUGCGCAGACAACGAAUUCUGUUGCUUUACACGAGAUGCCGAAAAGACCCAAGUAGGAUUGCCCCAGUUGGCGUCAUCACAGAAUGCCUGCUCACCGAAAACUGACCCCUCCGUUACCAACGGAUUCUGCCUCGAGGCCGGUCAGUUGGCGAUGAACUGUCAAGGCCAGAGUUUCGCCAAAUCCGACCAGUGUGGUCAAUCACAGUUUUGCUGUUUCCACCGUACCGAGAACAGCGAAAAAGAAGCCGCACUGCAAAGCGUCCAGUGCACACCAAACAGUGAACCACAGGCGACCGGCACGUGCGUUGAACGAAAUCAGUUGACCGAAAAGUGCGCAAAUUCGAAAUUAUCCAAAUCAAGCAACUGCACAGCCAGUCAGUUUUGUUGCUUCAGCAAUCAACCAGUCAACAUCAAGAUUUCCACCGGUGGAUGCAAACCGUUGACUGACCCCAGCAUCAAUGAUGGCACCUGCGUGGAUGUUUUCCAGCUGUCCGCCCAAUGUGCUGAUAAACGAUUCUCAAAAUCAAAUGACUGCCAAGAUGGGGAAUUUUGCUGUUUUGCUCAAGAACCCGCAGUUGUCGUUAACCGCAACAAGGACGCCACAAAAUGCUCGCCUGUCAUGGAUCCGAGCAAUAAAAAUGGCUGGUGUGCGGAUCAAGACCAGCUGUCAGAUUCCUGCAAAGGAAGCCGAGUGUCCACUUCCAGUGACUGCGCACCAGACCAGUUUUGCUGCUUUUCUAACGGACGACCACUGCAAAUCCUGCUGCCACCACUUGCAGCCCAUCCACUGAGCCGGGAAUUACCAAUGGAAACUGCGUCAACAAAGACUUGCUACCCACUCAGUGCAACGGCAUGA